CUAUUUUUUUAUGAGGAAAACAACGUAUCCCGAUUGUAAAGCCACAUUUCAAUGUUCCAAGCUUCAGUUUGAUGUUUGUACUAGGAACCCUAUCUCGAGAGGGUGCAUCUCCAGUAACGAGUAAUUGCACUGAACAAACAAUUAGUCAUCGGGCGAAUGCAUAAGCAAUGCUUGGUCAUGUACAGGUAAGUGUUUUUAGUUCUGUAAACCACAUAUCAAGUUCAUCACGUUCCGAUGCUCGUUCGUUCGGAGUAACGAGUCAUGCUAUGCACCAUGCUGACUCGAAU